AUGACGCUAAUAAGGCCUUUCGGGGGCCAGGAUACUAGGGUUGUUAGUGAUUUGUCCAGGUUCGAGUACGAGAAACGACAGCCUCGAAACCGGUCCAGAAACACCACUCCAACGUCACUUAAAAGCGACACAGAGACCCUGGAGGUACCUGUAACGAACGACUUUUACGAACAUUACGCUAACUCGCUGGUUACCGGCGAAGAACCUAUAAGACAGUUUGCUCCUUACCCACCGUCUAUAGUGGAGCAGUUGCCAUAUAAUACUCCACAUCAACUACACAACCCACAACCUCCACCUUCACCAAAGGCACCUUAUCUUAAUAAUCUACAACAAUUCAAGCUGAUGCCGCCGCAGCCUCCACCAAAAGACGUGGACUACUUCAGUCCACGGUACCAAGAUAGGGAUAGUCUCCCGCCAAUGGAGGAUUCAAGAGAUUACAUGAAACAGAGAGACAGUCAGGCUACUGUCGUUCCUCAAGCUCCACUAGAAAAACAAGAAACAAAGGCCCAAGAACAGCAUCUUCUUGACCGAGUCAUGAACCGUCCUGUGCUUACGUUUGGGCCCAAGGACGUAGAUCCAUUUAAUCCACAAGAACAACGAAGGAACUUCCACAUCACUGCAAGCAACAUUAUGGAUAUUUUUCAAGUCAUUUUUGGGAUUGUAAUUAUUACCUUGGCAAGUACGUUGGGGUCCCAAGACCAGCUAGUCUCCUUGGGCAUUUACCGGUACUUCAUUGCAGUCGGUGUGAUCACAUUGGUGGUGGCCCUACUCUUCAUAACGAAAGCUAUAAAUUUUGAUAGACGAAACGGCAUCUUCUAUUGCCUUCUAGCGUGUGUGCUUACCGGUGUUUCCCUUAUUCUAUCCAUUACAAGCGUUGCUACCAAUAACAACUGUGCCACCACUGGAAUCUGCCAGAUGAGAAAAGCGUUAUCUACAUUCGCCAUUCUUUCGUUCUUUCUAUGGCUUUGUAUGUUCGUUAUGUUCCUUACCACGCUAUACAUUUCCAAAAUGAACUUGCUUGAAGAUGUCAACUUCGACUACAGCAAGAAAGGUGCCGUUCCUAAUCCCCAAUCACGUAUCACCUCCCAGCAUUACAGCAACGACGCCCUGCUUCCACAAUACUAUCUUACAGAAACUGGAGACAUGUACCCUCUUGAGAACCACGACACCAGAGGUAAAAAGAAGAUUGUUGUGUACGCAUAA